UUAUCGAUACGAAAUCAACAAACCCAAUGGGCACCAAUACAGUCGGGAACUUUGAUUUUGCAUUUAUUGUAUUUGUGAUUGUGAUUGAAAGUGGAAGUGAACGCCGUGCUAUGAAUAAUUACGCUUACGCCGCUUGACCACCAAACGAACGCGCCAAGUCAAAUUCCAAUUUGUUAUUAUCUACGCAGCAGUGGCAACAACAACAACAACUACUACAACAGAAACAACAAGAAGAAGAAGCAGCCGCAACGAUUUUAUGGAUGCAGAGCUGCAGGCAGCAGUCGCUGCGCCGCUCUUAUCACUUAUCGUUAGCCGCGCCGCCCCUUCGGCGCUUGUCAAUGUCAACUUGUUGCCAUAAAAGAGUCGCAGAUGCUGUAUGAUCCCUGUGCCCACAAGCCAAGAUCAAAUAAAAGUGCUUCGACGACGACAACGGCAACGACGUCACUUUUCGGACAAUAAGCGCAAGGGCGUUGGGCGUACCUUUUACGUGGGCGUGGGGGCGUGGGCGUGGGGGUGGCGGAAGUGGUUAUAGAGAACUAUUUUUAAUAGUGGCCCAGACGACAUGACAAAAGCCACAACAACAGCUACAAAUUAAGCAAGAAGCAACGCGCGUCGCGACUACGUCAAAAAUGUACAAAACGCAUCAAAUAUUCAAAUACAAAAAAGCAGAAGCAACAACAGCAAUAAUAACAGUUAUUCUAAGCCACUAGCCCAACACACACACACACACACACACACACACUGAAGGAGUGAAACAGCUGGCAGUUAUGGAGCGACGCCGCCCAUUGUUUCCCAUCGAACCAGAGCCGCCAACAACGCCCACACAGCGCCUAACGCUGCUGGCAACGCGCUCACUACGUGCACUGCAAUUAAACUGGAAGAUUAUCAUUUCGGGCAUCGCGUCGACGCUUUUGGCCGUUAUUUGGUAUUAUCCAACACUUUUUCUAUUCUUCGCGUUCGUCAUCUACUCCCUGGUGCUGGUCUUUGCAGCUGUCGCUGGCACCGUCUAUAUCCAUUAUAUAUUUACGACCAAUGAGCCCACAAAGCCAAAUCGACAUCCCUCCAAGCUGCUCUACAAUGCCACCAAGUGCAACAUCUUCGAUUUGCCAAAUCCCAUUAAGAAUCCUUCGAAUUUACCCCUAAUCUUUGGCAAGACAGUUGAUCUGCAGCUACAGCAGAUCAUCGAGUAUGUGCUGCGUGACUUUAUGGUGCCCUGGCUGGGAUAUGUUGUGACGAAGCCAAAGCUUAUCAACGAUGUGAUACGCGAGGAUCUGUGGAAUGCCAUACAGAAGAUACACGAACGUGCCGCCAAAAUGGACCCGGCCAAGAUCAUAGCCGUGGACAUGGUCAAUCGCGUCACAGUGCAUCUCGAAAAGAUACGCAUUGCCGAGUCGCGCGCGGCCGAAACAAAUAGCGCUCCGGUGUUCAGCACCAAUUCGUACCUGGUCGAUGAGGAAAAGGAAAUGGAGUUUCUGCGCAAACUGUGCGAGAUAAUGAUCAUACUGCUCCUGCCGCGCGGCUACUCACUGCCGCCGCUCAAGGUGCUGCUCAGCGAGAUACUCUCCUUCAAGAUCUUCUUUCCAAUGAUCAAAAUGCUGACCGCACCGGACUAUAUCAAUCAGAAGGUCGUGCAGAACAUUGAGACGCGUCUGGCGGCGGCGGCGAUCAGUAAGCGCAGUUACGAGUACGCCGCCAGCUUUGAGGAUUUCCUGAAGAUCAUCAACAAUUCGGGCAAUUUGGAGGAGCUGUCGCUGAUACGCAAAAGCAUCGUGAAUGAUCUGAUGCACGCCACCAGCAUGCAGAAUUUGCAACGUGCCAAAGGCCUCGAUCCGGAUACCGAGGAUCAUACGCUGACCAAAUCGGAGCUAACCGCCGCGGUGCGGCUGAAGCGUUACGUGCAGCAACUGUCGCUGGCCAAGGGUCAGUGCGAGAAGAAUCUGGCCAAGUUUGGCUGGAACGGCAACUACUCCAGCGACACAGAUCUAACGCUGAUGGAGAUACUCAAUACGGCCGUGGGACGACGCUAUUUCACGCUGUUCCUGGAGCCGCUUAAGGCCAGCGCCCUGGUUGGCUUCUACCUGGCCGUCGACGAGAUGAAGCAUGCGCACAAAUCGGCCACACAUCAGCUGGGCACAGAGAUCUUUUAUACGUACAUACGCGUGCCGAAGCCGGAGAUACAAAUCGAUAAGCAUGAGCGCAAGCUCAUCGAGACCUUUGUGCUGGGCGAUGCGGGUCCAGAUAUUUUCUAUGAUAUACAGCGCAAUAUAUUGCGCACCCUGGAGGACAAAUACUAUCCACCGUUUGUGCUAAGCGAUCAGUAUCGCCAGCUGAAGGAGGCGCUCGACUCGAACGAAUUUAACGAUCCCACCUUGCUGAUGUGCCCCACUAUGCUGGGCGAUUCGAACGACGACGAGCAGGCGAUUGUCGCCGAUGGCCUCAAUGGGGGCGGCGGUGCACCGGCGGCCAUCGAUGUGGCCGCUCACACAUCGUAUGCGCGCAGGAAGCUGGAGCAAAUACAGGAGCGCAUCGAUAAGAAGAACCAAGCGCUGGACGCGCUCAAAUACUCGGUGAAACCGGAGUCGAAGGUGCUGCAAAUACUCGAAAAGGAAAUGGAUUGGCUCAAGAGCGAGAAGCGUCAAACGGAGGCACAUUUAAGACGUACCGAUGCCUGGACCGAGCAUCUGGGCAAAUGGAAGGCCACCAUACAAAGUGUUGAGGUGUCCGAUGAGAAGGAAUCGCUGCAGUUCAUGAUCCUGGUGCACGUGGACGAGGAUAUCAAUGCCCCGCCAGCUACAAAGAAUGGCGAGAGCAGCACGGGCCGUGCGCAGAGGCGUCGUCCCUCGGGCAUAUCCAGUGGCUGGGUGGUCAUGCGUUCCCUGAACCAAGUGCAUGAGCUGCAACGUAAACUACGGCAUGUGAGCUCCAAUUUGAAGUCGCUCGAUUUGCCCACAAACUUCAAGUUCUUCUUCUUGAAGACCGAUCGGCAUGCACAGGAGAAGGCCAAGGGUCAAAUACAAAAGUUUUUGAAUUUUAUACUGGAGGAUGACCAUUUGAAUGGCAGCGAGGCCAUCUAUACAUUUCUCAGCCCCAGCUCGGAUCAUUUAAAGCAGACUCUGCCGUCGCCCAAGAAAUCCAAAUUCUCGCUCUCCACGCUCUUCAAAAGCGACGCGGCCAAGGCGCACGACUCGAGCAAGGCCAGCGAUCCCUUUUGGGGCCUGCAGCGCGAUGAUGACGACAUGUCCAACUAUUUGGAUGGCGAGACGAGCACCGAUCCCAAGCUGCUGGCCGAUUUGGAUAGCAAAGACUCCAUUGCGGAGCCGCUGUAUGCCCUAAUGGGCGAAAUCUUCGACAUGGGCGGCGUCUUCAAGUGGCUGCGCAAGAGCAUCAUCUCGUUUGUGCAGAUCACCUAUGGCCGGACCAUCAAUAGACAGAUCCGUGAAUCUGUCACCUAUCUGUUCGAGGAGUCCAUGCUGCACAAUUACUUCUCGGCCAUAUUGAAAUCGUUUUGGCCCGGCGGCGUGCUAGCCUCGGCCUAUCCCGUACGCUCCGAUGACAUGAAGGAGAUGACCACCAAUGCGGCCAAGGCUCUGCUCACGGAUCACAUACCCGAAGUGCUGUGCAAUCUCGUUGGCGCCCAGGCCGCCAAGCGGGGUGUCCUCAAGGUCUUUGAUGCUCUACAGAAUCCCGCGUACAACAAGCAGCUGUUCUAUGAGCUGCUCGAGAUCUUGAUGAUUGAGUUCUUUCCCGAAAUCCGUCAACUGAGGGUCAACAACAGUGGUAGUGGCAAAUUGAACACUGCCACCGCCGGUGUGGCAGCUGCCUCAGCUGCCGCUGCACUGGCCACCGUCGCUGCCCUGCCACUCAACUACAAUAGUCACAAUAGCAGCUCGAAUCAUGCCGGCCAGCAUCAGAGCUCAGCAGCAUCGUCAGCCGCCGGCAGCUCAACGCAUCCCAAGGAGCAUUACCAUCAGCCGCCGCCGCAGCAGUCGCCGUAUCACCAAAGCUCCGGACAGCAAACGCAUCUGCAUCAUGCGCAUCAUCAUCCGACGACGCAUCCGGCACAUGGCGCUGCGGGCGCCAAGUAGAGACGAGCCAUCUGUUUUUAAUUGUAUUAACAAAUUGUUUUUUUUUUUUAUUUUUUCUUAUCGUAUAAGUUGCAAAUGUUUAUAAUGCUCUCUAGCGCUCUCUCGCUCUAACUCUAUGUCCGGCUCGCUCUAAAGCGUGGCUUCUCUUCUUCUUUUCUUUUGUGUAACUGGAGCACAUUGAGAGUUUAGGAUUAACAAAUAACUGACCCUGUACAAAAGCUGUAAAACUUUCUAGCUGCUAUUCGCAAGCGAAACCUACUGCUAAAUGCACUUCGUUAAGCUGUUACAUUUUCAUGCGAUUUGUUGUUUUGUUUUGUUUGUAGUUUAGCGAAAUGCGUUUUGUUAUAUUUUUAGCAUAUAAUGGAUGAUAUUCCAUAUAGAUAUUCGUAUUGUUUUUGCAUAGUCUCAGUAUUAAGCGUUACCAAAUUGUUCCAUUCGGAACACAUUCCCCGCACAUAAACCCAAACGAUAACUAAAUCCAUAAACAGAGCAAAGAUACACGCUAAUUUUUUGGUGCCGAUGUCGCAUUGUUAUUAACUGGAGUCGAAUUAUUGUGAUCUUAGCAAGUAAACAGCACCAAAAAACACAACAACAACAACAAAAAGAACAAUGCAAAAAUAUAAUUUAUAAAAAAAAAAAAAAUAAUGUAAAUGUUAAAUGUAAUUCAUUUUCGAAGUACACGUUUAAGCGCCUAUGUAAUUUAGAUAAACCAAAUAGUAGCAUAUGACAUUGCAUUCUAUUGUAUUGUAUUGCAUUGUAUUGGAUUGGAUUGUAUAACUAUUUAUAUAUAUUGCAGUUGCAACGUUUUAUGUGUAAACAAUAUUAACAACAGACCCAAGCGAAAUAAAGAUGCUAUUUAUGUAGA